CGAAAAACGUCUGUUAUAGCCCAAUGGAACACGCCGAGCGCAACCCGACGUACGGUUUACGCCGGGAGGCGUGGCAGGCAGCAGCGCUGAUCAAAUUCUAAAGAAAGGAGAGGACGGUUUACCCCAGCUACAAACACAAACACUAAUCUCUGCAACGGUGUAGCCAUGCCCAUCCGCCGUGCCGCUGUGACCCCCCCACAGGAAACGCCCCCCAAGAGCAACCAGGAUGGAGACCCUGACGCCAGCUCGGAGGAGUCCGUCUCCGCGGGGGAGGAGCAGGAGGCGGAGUCUGCGCCCGCCGCGGCCCCGCCCAAGGAAGGGGAGGAGCCUGUAGGCGCCGGGGAGGCGGACAAAGAGGAGGCGGGAGAGACGGCCGAGAAGCCGCCGGAGAAAGCCCCCGAGGAGGGACAGGGGGAGAAGAAAGGAGAAAAGGAUGCUGGGAAGGAGAAGGAGAAAGAGAAAGAAAAGGAGAAGGAGAAGGAAAAAGAAAAGGUGAAGAAGGUGAAGAGGACCAUCCCGUCCUGGGCCACCAUUUCGGCGAGCCGACGGGCCCUGGUGCAGAAGUCCUCCGUGUCCCUGUACAGCCAGCCCAAGAUGGACGACAUCCUCAUGGAGGCCAUAAAGGCCUGCAAGCACAAGGCGUCUGCCUACGCCAUCAGGAAGUACAUCUCGAAGAACUACGCCUCCCUGGAGCUGGACAGACGGGCGUUCCUUCUGAAGAAGUCCCUCAAGCGACUGCUGGAAAAGGGGGCCAUCAAGCAGCUGAAGGGGAAAGGCCUUUCUGGAAGCUUCUCCAUCUGCAAACAGACCCAGAAGCCUUCAGGCAAGAAGCCAGCCGCUGCACCGCAGCCCAAGGCCGAGACCCUGGGGGACACGCUGCCCCUGAUCAUGACCCACCUGUGUGAGCCCAAGGAGGCCUCCUACAUCCUCAUCAAGAAAUACCUGGAGCAGCACUUCCCCCAGCUCAACGUGGAGCAAAGACCUGAUCUGCUGAAGAGCGCCCUCCAGAGGGCGGUGGACAAAGGCCACCUGGAGCAGAUCACUGGCAAAGGAGCUUCUGGAACCUUUCAGAUUAAACGGGCGUCGGACAAGCCCCUCCUUAAAGGCGGGCCCCUGGAGGACGCCAUCCUUACCGCCAUCACCGCCAUGAACGAGCCGAAGACCUGCAGCAUCUCCAUCAUGCGCAAGUUCCUGCUGGAGAAGCACAAGGACAGCCGCGUCUCGCUGCUCGUGAACAACCUGAAAAGGACCCUUAAGACCUGCAAGAUGAGGGGUUGGAUGGAGCAAAUCUCUGGGAACGGCUUCAACGGGACCUACCAGCUCUGCUACCCCUUCUACCCCAGCCCAACACUCCUGUUCCCAGAGAAGCAGACACAGAAGGAGAAGCCCAAACGUAAGAAGGAAACGAAGGAGGAGUCAUCUGAUGAAGAGGAAGAAGAGGAGUCAGAGGAGGAGGAGGAAGAGGAGGAGGAGUCAGAAGAAGAGUCCGAGUCAGAAGAUGAGCCUCCUUCCAAGAAGAGGAAGCAGCAGAAGAGGCCACCACCAAAAGUGCGUCGGCCCCCACCCGCCAAAAAGAGCCAGCCGCGCAGCCGGGGGGGGGCAAAGAGGGCCAAGGCGCCGGCCCGGUCGCCGGCCCGGUCGCCAGCCAAGGGCAAGAAGCUGCCCCCCGCUAAGAAACGGGCCGGCUCUGCCAAAAGGCCUGCGCCGUCGCCCAAAAAAGCAGCCCCGCCCGCCAAGAAGUCGGCCCCCCCGGCCAAGAGGCCGGUCCCCCCCGCCAAGAGGCCAGUCCCUCCAGCCAAGAGGCCGGUGCCCCCCGCCAAGAAGCCGGUGUCCGCGGCCAGGACGUCCUCUUCCGCGCGGGCGGCCCCUCCCUCCAAGGCCGCGGAGCAGAAGAAGCCCGCCCCCGCCGCCAAGCCCAAAACGCCGGUGGCCAAGAAGAUGACGAGCCGGGCGCCGAAGAGGCUCUCCCCCAAACGCCCGCCCCCCAAGGCCGCCGUCAAAGCCAAGCCCGCCGCGCGCAAGCCCCAGAGGUCAAGAAAGUGAUCGCCACGACAACGAGGGGUCAGGGGUCAACCGCGGCAGUAGGACUGCAGUGCGUUGGCGACUCUUCCCCCCCCUUUUUCCUCCAUUCUUUUUUCCGUUGACGUUUACUUGGGGAAGAGAGGGGCGUGGUCACGGCCUCCGGCUGAUUCGAUGAGCUAAUUUGAUCCAGCCCCCCAGAACGAGUUUGAAAAAGACUCAUAGCUUUGGCUAAUUUUUCAUAAAGCCUAUAGUUUUUUUUUUUUUGGCCAAAGUAAACCCUUAUCAUUUGUGGCAGUAUGUUAAUGGAGGGCUGAAGGUCUGUUUAACGUUUUCUAUAUAUUUAGUGAUAUGAGCUCUACCUUAAUGAGGUUUAUUUUAUUUUUUUUUUUUUUUUAGAGUAGCACACUUUGCUUCCCGGGUAUUUUAUAUACACAGAAUAUCUUACUAAUGCUUUCUUCCUCCCCAAGUACCCACGUGUCUCUUGAGGAACACAAAGUUAUUUUCUCUGGUUUUUAUGCAUGCUUCUCUUUUAAAAAAAACUGCCAAUUCAACUUUAGUGGCAUCUGUGAUUCUGUUGACUGUUACUCUGUUAGUGUUUUUUUGGGUUUAUUUUUAAUUUUUUUUUUUAGCUUAAUUAACGUAGUCCCAAAGGCAUGUAUUUUGAUAGAAUUCUUUGUGUAGUCAAAGUUGAUCGGAUUUGGAUUUGAUUAACGCUAAGGUUUGGGAGAGGAGAGGAAGAACGCUGGCUGGUGUGAAAGCCCUGUGGGAAAGACAAUGACCAGUGACCAUAAGUAUUAGGACAUCGCGUGUCUGCCCUUUAAAAGACCACUGACAUCAUACACUUGGGGUAAAUCCGAGUAAAUAUUUUGCCCAGGUUUUUUUUUUUUUCCUGAAUGCAUUAUUCAGGAUAAGUUCAUUUCUGGUUUGAGUCCUUAUAAAAAUGGGUAAUGGAAGUCUGAUUAUUACAUAUGGCUGUGGGUGCGUCUGUAUAUUCAGUCCGUGUGGCGUUGAGCUGUACUACAUUUCAGUUCCGUGUCCACAGCGAGACUGGGCAAAGCUGGGCUGGUGGUUUUGCGUUUCAUCUGCUAUAGAUUUGAGGAGGGAAAAAAAUGACUUCAGUCCCCACUGUUCUUGUGUAGAGACAUGCAGUAAUCUUUUGUUAAUUUUGGGUUUAUGAAGAGUACUACAGGAAAAAUAUAGUUGACUGUUUCAACGAUGUUCACUGUGUUAGAUUAAGGAUGCCUUUUUUUUUUCAGUGCAAGUUUCUCAUAACGUACAUUGCAUGCCUGUAACCUCAGUUGUGAUGCCUUUUCUGUAGUCAGUAAUAAAGUCACUGUAUAUUUGUACCCA